UCUCGUACGUCCUCCCAUUUGAUGCUAGUACGCCACCCUUAACUGUGCCGGAACCUUGCAGGGCACUAUGCAGUUGUUUUGUAUGCGGAAUCCAAACGAGGUAGAACCACCGUGACAUGCCCAUUGUACGAACUAGGAAACUUCAGUAAUUGGACGGGGUGUAUAUUUUGUACAGUAUUUUUGAUCUCUAGCAAAAUAGCUUUUCCUGUAAUGGAGUACUACCUUGUUAGCCAGAGUGGUGAUAAAGAUCCUAUUCUUCUUCCUGAUGGCACACAGGUGGUCAUAGGGAGAGGACCAGAGACACGCAUCACUGAUAGGAAGUGUGCCAGACAGCAAGUGGAACUUGUGGCAGAUUACAAGAAGCGUAGUGUGAAAGUUACACAGAUUGGAGCAAACCCCACAUCUGUUUCAGGCACCUCACUUAAAAAAGGAGAAUGUGGUCUACUUAAAGAAGGAGAAACUCUUUUUGUAGUGAAUGAACUCUACCCAUACAUUCUCCAGUUUAGGAAGACUGGAACAAAAAAAUCAACUUCUCAAACCAAUGACCUUGGGGACCAAGCUACUGAUGGAAAUAAAGUACAGACAACCUCUGCAAAAAAGACUAUCACUGAUUUCUUUGGCUCGCCUAAGAGAGGGAAGAAGCGAUCCCGUGCGAAUGAAGACCAGUUUGUUCCUACAGCUAAGCAGUCCGCCAUGGACAUCAAUUCCAGUCCAAAGGAGGAGGAGGAAGAAGAGGAGGAUAAAACAUCUGAAAAACUGAGGCAGUUGAAGGAAUUUGCUUCAGACUCUUUUCAACCUUCAUGUAAAACAACUGAAGGUGCAAAGAAGCCUACAAAUUCCUGCAGUUCAGAGGCAACUUUGGGGCAUCCUUGGCCAAAGGAUUCCUGGGAAGUGCAAGGAACACUGAUGGUCUUUAAUAAAAGUGGUGUGAGGGCAAGUUCAAAGAUUGCAGGAUUUGACAUUGAUGGGACCAUAAUCACUACGAAGUCUGGGAAAGUCUUUGCUACAGGACCUGAUGAUUGGAGAAUUUUGUAUCCAGAAAUUCCUAAGAAACUGAAGCAGCUUGUGAGCGAUGGCUAUAAGGUUGUCAUUUUUACCAACCAGUUGGGAAUUAGCAAAGGGAAGGUACGUCCUGAAGCAUUUAAAGCAAAAGUGGAAGCUAUUUUGGAGACACUAGGAGUUCCUAUGCAGGUGCUUGUUGCAACUGGUAUGGGAAUAUACAGAAAGCCUGUGUUGGGGAUGUGGCAUUAUUUAUGUGAGAAGGGCAAUGAUGGGAUCACUAUUGACAUGAACCAGAGCAUGUAUGUAGGAGAUGCAGCUGGAAGGCCACCAAACUGGGCUCCUGGUCAUCCGAAGAAAGAUUUUUCCUGCAGUGAUCGAUUAUUUGCCUUGAAUAUUGGCCUGGAUUUCUUUACACCUGAAGAAUUUUUCUUGGGAUGGAAGCCUGCACAGUUUUCAUUUCCGGAGUUUGAUCCAAAAAAGCUUGAUCCAAAGGGACUUCAGUAUGAACCAUCUACUGCAUGUCUUGUGUCAAAAUCCCCUGAAGUAGUCGUGGCUGUUGGAUACCCAGCUUCUGGAAAAUCAUCAUUUUUCAAGGAUUUCCUGAUUUCAGACGGUUACGUUUAUGUCAAUAGGGACACGCUUGGCACCUGGCAGAAGUGUGUAGCUGGUUGUGAAGAGGCCCUGAGGAAUGGAAAAAGUGUUGUGGUGGACAACACCAACCCAGAUAUUGAAUCCAGAAGCAGGUACAUUGAAUGCGCAAAGAAGGCAGGUGUCCCCUGCAGGUGCUUCCUGUUCACUGCCUCCAAGGAUUUAGCCAGACAUAACAAUAGGUUUCGUGAGAUGACAUAUACAGGAAAAGGACAUGCCCAUGUGAGCGAAAUGGUAUUUAAUAGUUACAAGAGCAAGUAUGUGUCCCCUACUCUAGCUGAAGGAUUCAAUGAGAUCAUAAAGAUACAUUUUAUUCCACGAUUUAAGGAUCCAAAACUGGAGACUCUAUACAUGCAGUUUUCUGAGGGUUAACCUGUGCCCAGAAUCCCAGUCUACAUCUUCAUUCUGAACGUUUCUCCUCCAAAAUUUAAAACUCCUAGAGCUCAAAUGCACUAAUUACUACUUGCCAAAUCAGUUGUUUUUCAGUUGUGUUGCAUAACUACAUAUUUCAAGCAUGACAAUACUUGCUCACCCAGUGUCAGGGGUAUUGUACCUUUCAGUUUUCUUCCUUUACACAUUCAUCAUAACUGACUUUCCCAAAUCAGUUGUAAAUGUGAACUGCUUUAUGUUAAGUCUUUUCGUGGACCAUUGAAAAUGUAGAGUGAGUUUACAUUUGUUGGUUGCUAAAACGUGGUAUAGUAAUGCAGUACUCACUUCUGCAGCAUUAGCAAUCCUGAAUGACUUGAAUUUUAUUAUGAAUACCUUGUUAAUUUUUUAAUGGUGGCUUUGACUGCUAGUAGCUGAGACUGCUUUGAAAACAACCCAAAGUACGGCUGUUUAGGUUUCUUAAAAAGCAGUGCCUAGUAAAAAUGUGUAAUUAUGUUUACAUUCUGAUUUUCUGUAAUAUGUUUUAUUACAUUAUUUUCAUUUGGUCAUGAUUAGGUUAAAAUCUGAAGUGAUGGCUCAAAGCAGUAAGACCAGCUACUAAAGUCAGUCUUUCCUGGCCUGCAUUAUUUUCCUAACCAAAUUUUAUAUUUUCCUGGGAAAAGGUCACUUUUAAUUAAACCAAAUAAAUCAUUUUAUUAUGUGGACAAUAAAGUAUGAUCUUAAUCAUA